AUGGCUUCUUGCACGCCGAUGGGCGCACCUAUUGGUCUCCCAGCACCGCGUCAACCACAGCUCUACGUCAAGCUCCAUAUGUGGCUUCCCGUGAUGCGACUCCAUAUAUGGCCAUCCCCAGAUGUCGAUGCGGCUCCGCAUAUCAGGGCUUGCGAACACGCUUUUGGCGAUUUAUCAAAGUAUCGUUUCUCUCUAUCAGCUUCCUCAUUUAAUUGCCAGUGUGAUACCUCUUCCAACGACGGAACACGAUGUCUGGGUUACAAUGUCAUCACGUCCGGCUCUGCCUCAUUAACGAACUCUGGCCUCUCCAACGCGCUGAGCCCUCGUGCAGUCGCUGGCCUCGAGCGUCGUGGCGGGCAUCCCGAUCCUGCUCAUGGUCGGCUGGCGUGGCAAGCCGGGCAUCAAGGACGAGCCAAGCACGCACUCAUCGGACCUCAGCCGCUCGACAAUCUCGCGGCCAACAAGCUCGCGUACGAACUCAUGCCCGAAACGCCGGGCGCCGCACGUGAGGUCGUCGCCCGCCUUGUCGCCAAAGCCGUAGCGGACAAGACGCCCGUUGCGCUUGUCGUGAACCCGGGCACCUUCAACCCGUUCAAGGCGGCCGGAGGCGCAGCUCAGGGCCCAGAGCCGCUGCUGGUCACCGUUGGAGCCAACGCCGGCGUGAAGAUGUGGCUGACCAAGGGUCUCGGCCCGACCCAGUCGCUGACGCGCGAGGCCGUCGUACGUCGAGUCAUGCAGCAGCUCGACAACAGCGAUAGGAGCGACGUCGUUGUCACCUCGCUGGGUGGCACCAGCCGCGAGGCAUACAUGGUGCUACAUGAGAAUGGGACUGAGCCGGGGCCGGGGCGGUGCCGCCGCGCCGCGUCUUCUUCGUCCUCGGUGCCAUGGGCCAUGGGCCAUGCGUUCGCGGUCACUUGCGGCGUUCAUCUUGGGCUCUCAGGGCUAGGGCAGCAGCAGCGGGAGCCAUUGCCACGGCCAUACUCGACGGUUUACUGUGUCGACGGUGACGGGUCCUUCCUGAUGCACGCCGGCAACAACGCCGUGCUAGCCGAUGUUGGACCAAAGGGUCUCGUCCACGUCGUCGUCCACAACGGUGUGCACAGCUCGACCGGUGACCAGCCCCUGUCGCUGACUUUGCAAGCCUACAUUGGCCUCGCUGGGGGCAUGCUGUACACGCACAAGUUCUUCGUCGACGACCCGCAGGCGCUGGACCCGGCCAUGAACGCAGCCGUGGACAUGACGGCGGACAGCGCCGUCUCAGUGCUCAUCAUGGUUCUCGUGAAACCCGGCCAGUCGCCGCAGCUGCCCCGUCCGAGCGAGACGGCCGGCGAGCUGAAAAAUGUCUUCAUGCAGAGUAUAGAGUAGCAUCAACAGCAGGGGUCGCGGAGGAGGAGGAUGAGCUAGCAGGGGCAGUGCGCGACCCGUCCCGUUCCGCGUGUAUAUGCCAGCCAAAGUAGAUGCCAGAGUG